AUGGGCAGCUCAUCGAAAUGGACGGUUGAGGAAUUCCAUUGCGAGCAGAUGCUGAGGGAGGAGUUCGGGGUGGAGCCCUCUGGCGACGGUGUACAGAUCGCCUACGACAUGAUGGGUAGACUCUUCGGCGAGGCCUACUGCACACCAGCGCGCAAGUUCAACGGCAAUAAAUACAGUGCUCAGCGCUUCCAAGACCGUUGGACGCAGCGCUUUAAGCCUAGUCAGCCAAAGAUAUGGAGACACAUCUGCAACGGCCCAUACUCCUCUGAGGACGAGGCCCUCCGUGCCGACCUUCGCGAAAAGAUCAAGGCCGCCGCAGAACAGGAGGGCGACAACAACCUCCUUUCAGACCAGCCAAAUCGCCGCAUCACUCUCGGUCGCUCUGGUCUCCCAGCUCGAUACGCCCUUCCGCGCCGCCCAAUCUCCAUGGUCCAUACCGACCAGCUCAAGCCCGCCAUCCCGAGCGAGUACCACCAAGCAAAGUACAAGCCAAUGGACGCUCUUCACCCAGAACGAUCCGCUUUCAAGCACGGUGGCCGGAUCAUCCGCAUUGGUACUCUCGAUGACUCCGUCCUUGAUGCAAUGGUCUGCGAUGCCCCUUAUUGCUUCGUCUGCACGGCCGACUUUCUUCCUCCAACUGAGAAUAGUCCGUUUGAAGGCCGUGCCUUCCUUCACCUCUGGCGCGAUUGCGAGCCUGGUCUGGACCCUCUCGAGCGGUACUACACCUUCAGAGGCGCCAAGGCAGGGCAGAUGAAGGAUACGAUGAUGGUGCCGGAAGAGAAGCAGGAGGUGGACGUGCAGUUUAUGCUGGAUGGGAAGCCUUUCGUCGAUGGCGUGUUGAGCUGCAUCCCGGGUGAGUGCGAGGUCUGUCAGGCGUACUCCGGCGAGUGGAAUGACGACAACGAAGCGGAAUGA